AUGUUUCCUGAAACGUUCUCAUUUGGCACGAGAUCAUCUGCUUACCAGAUCGAAGGUGCCUGGAAUGAAGACGGAAAAUCUGAGAAUAUAUGGGAUCACUGGAUCCACAAUAAUCCAUCGCAUAUAAAAAAUAAUGACACUGCAGACGACGCUUGUGAUACCUACAAUAAUAUCUUAAAUGAUGCGUUUUAUGUAGCGAUAUCAGAGGCUAAGCAUUAUAGGAUUUCAAUUCCUUGGACAAGUUACAAGUUUGGUUUCUAUUACAAAGUUGAGGAUAGUUCAAUCAAGAGGAAUAAGCAUUCUCUGAACUUCUACAAACAGGUAAUUCGUACUUUAACCAUACCCGAAGGUGAUAUGAACACCACCACAAUUUCACCUAUCACCCCUGGUUCUGCUACAAUAAUGACGUGGUGUCUUACUCUUAUAAUAAGCACAAUAGUUUUAUUUGAAUUAUUUUAAAUCCAAGAACCAUUAUGAUUCACAUAUUUUGCUCAUUAAGUGCAGUUACAUUUUUUAUUGCAUCUAGUCGUCUUUAUCAUAU